AGCAACAGAAGGAUAGACUGUCUGGUGACAUAAACAUUUCUUCCAUAGUCUCACAGGCAUUAUUUAAUAUGUUGAAGGAUGAGAUUUUAUUAGUGUUUUUAUAAAUCUUACAACAUUUUAAAAGUGUUUUUAUUAAUGUUAUAAUGACAUUUUAUAGAUGUUUAUCGUUAGUUCAUGAAUUCUCUUCAUCAGAUUUCAGGAAAAAGACGAAGAUGAGCGAUAUCUCAGAAGAUGAGAAUGAGAUUGCGUUCACUGUGAAGUUUCUGGGUCGAGUGGAGGUGCAGCGAUCUGAGGGACUGCAGGUUUUGUCCGAGGCAGAAGGGAUCCUGAAGUCACCCGACAAAGACACAGAGAAGACAACGAAAAAGAACAAAGUGUCUCUGUUUCUGUCUGUGAGUGGAGUUGACAUCCUAGAGCACAAGACCAAGUUCAUGCUCUACACCUGCCCGCUCUCCUCCAUCUCCUUCUGCGGAGUGCACCAGACCAAGCCUAACCUCUUCGGCUUUGUGGCCAGACACCCAGCUGCCGACAUGAACCACUGCUACCUGUUCCAGAGCAAGAAGUUUUCCCACCUGCUGGUGUCCAUAAUCGGGGACGCUUUCCAGGCCUCCAGGAGAGAGGAGGCAGUCAGCAGCCACAGGGACCUGGUGGUGGAGGCUCUCCGGCACAAGAAUAAGGUUCUGCAAAAGGAAAACAAGGAGCUGAAGAAGAGACUUGUGGCACUGCUGGGAAAUGGAGCUGAGAGAGCAGACUCUAACAUGCUGUGAGAGUUCAUGCCGAAGACGACAAUUCCCUUUGUUGAGAAAUACAGAUUCAACAGAAAGAGUGAAGAACGAAACUGGAAUAACCCAAAUAAACCAGAAAUGCAGAAACAUACCAGUCCUACCAAUUCUGUACAAACCUGAAUGCUAACAAAUGCACAUUCUCAUACCUGAUGAUCAUAACACAAAUAGAAGCCAUUUGAUUUUGGAAUUUUGAAAAGACAAUUGCAUGCUCUCCAAUUGCAUUCCCUUGUAAAGGCUUUAACAUUCAGGUUCACCAUUUAUUUGCACUGCAAUCAGCACUUUGUAUAAAUUGUGCUGGUG